GUUUUUAUUACUUAAGAAAAUUCGUUUUUGCACAUGAAAUAAAUGAGAAAUUGGUUUGAUUGACGUCAUUUUAAACUUCAUCUUGAUACCCCAGACUUCGCUAUAAUAAGACAGGCACACACCUUAUGCGCCACGUUAUACCAGCUUUCACCCCUCUCUCGUCACUCUCUCUCCAAAGCCCAGACUCUGAAUUGUGUUUGUUUUUUCCACUGAAGAGAAAAACGUGUAAGAAUUAGCUUUCUAAUUUUCAGCUUUUUUCUUGCACCUGUGUGUGUUUCUUGAUAAGAUAUGGCUCUUAAUUUGCUGGCUCCAACUGAAAUCAAGACACUUUCUUUUUGGGACCCCUCGAAAUCGAACCACAAGCUUCAUCUCUUCAAGACCCAAAAAGGUGGGUUUUCUUUCAAGAGAAAGGAAAAUGGAUGCACUGCUUCAAAAAGAGUCCAUUGUUCGGCCCAUACGCCUCCUCCGGCUUGGCCGGGCCGGGCUGCAGUCGAUUCUGACAGAAAAUCGUGGGAGGGCCCGAAGCCCAUUUCAGUUGUUGGAUCCACUGGCUCCAUUGGAACACAGACAUUGGAUAUAGUUGCUGAAAAUCCGGAUAAGUUUAAAGUUGUUGCUCUUGCCGCUGGUUCGAACGUGACUCUUCUUGCCGAUCAGGUGAAGAUGUUUAGACCUCAAUUAGUUUCUGUUCGUGAUGAGUCGCUAAUAGAUGAGCUCAAGGAAGCUCUAGCUGAUGUUGAAGAAAAGCCUGAGAUCAUUCCGGGAGAGGAGGGAAUCAUUGAGGUUGCUCGACAUCCAGAUGCUGUUACUGUGGUGACGGGGAUUGUUGGAUGUGCAGGUUUGAAGCCUACUGUGGCUGCCAUAACAGCUGGAAAAGACAUAGCUUUGGCCAAUAAAGAGACGUUAAUUGCUGGAGGGCCUUUUGUUCUUCCUCUUGCACACAAGCACAAAGUGAAGAUUCUUCCGGCAGAUUCCGAACAUUCAGCUAUAUUUCAGUGUAUACAAGGCUUGCCUGAAGGUGCUCUGAGGCGCAUAAUUUUGACGGCAUCAGGGGGAGCAUUCCGGGAUUUGCCGGUUGAUAAGUUGAAAGAUGUGAAAGUAGCAGAUGCUUUGAAGCAUCCCAAUUGGAAUAUGGGGAAAAAGAUUACGGUCGACUCUGCCACUCUCUUUAACAAGGGUUUAGAAGUUAUAGAAGCUCACUAUCUCUUCGGAGCCGAAUAUGACGAUAUCGAGAUCGUUAUUCAUCCUCAAUCCAUCAUACAUUCGAUGAUUGAAACUCAGGAUUCAUCUGUACUAGCACAAUUAGGAUGGCCUGACAUGCGUUUGCCUAUUCUAUACACAAUGUCAUGGCCUGAUCGAGUUGGCUGUUCCGAGAUUACAUGGCCUCGACUCGAUCUUUGCAAGCUGGGUUCUCUUACAUUCAAAGCUCCCGAUAAUGUGAAAUAUCCAUCGAUGGAUUUGGCUUAUGCUGCCGGACGAGCUGGCGGGACAAUGACCGGUGUUCUUAGUGCCGCUAAUGAGAAAGCUGUGGAAAUGUUCAUCAAUGAGCAAAUUGGGUAUCUCGACAUAUUUAAAGUCGUGGAGCUAACGUGCGAUAAGCAUCGUUCGGAAUUGGUGUCUUCACCUUCGCUCGAGGAAAUUGUGCACUAUGACUUGUGGGCCCGUGAUUAUGCGGCCAGCUUGAAACCAUCGGCUAGCUUGAAGCCUGCACUUGUAUGAAAAUAAAGGAUGAUAAAAAUAUGGGGUUGUUUUGAAAGAGGCAGCUUUAGGCCAUAUACAAUAGAAAAUCAUCUUGUGAUAAAUAUGGGAUUUGUGAAAGGGGUUUGAGGGGCAAAAGGCAAAUAAGAGAAAGUGUUAUGGGGGAAAAAAUAAGUAUAGCUUUUCAGAAAUGUACUUGCAAUGCCAAAUCUAAUGAGUUUUCAAUGCCAAGAAUUUUGUGGGUUUGAUUAUAUCAGUGCCCCUCCCCUAUUUAUUAAUUCAAAACGUGCUAAGUGCUAAGCUUGAAUUGCAGUCUCGCAUGUUUCGGAUGCAAAAUGUGCCAAGUUUGAAUUGCAGACUCGCAUGCUUCGAAUGUUAAUAUGGCGAAGAUAUAUGCUUCGUAAUUUGGCUUGUGUGUACAAUUAUGCUUUGGAAUUGCACAAAU